AUGGAUUAUCUAAUUCUGGUCACUCUUCUAUUCUGGUUGAUGUUAUCAACUGCAAGUUCUUCUUCCCUGUAUCAUGGGAAGGGGAAUUACUACCUUCUCAACCAUCGUAAAAUGUCCCCCAAUUAUCUCAAUCAGAAAGUCAUCAACGAAUCCUAUGCGGCAAUCUUCGAUGCUGGAAGUACAGGAAGUCGUGUACAUGUCUACCGUUUCAACAAGCACUUACAUCUCCUCCAUAUUGGGGAAGAUCUUGAGCUUUAUGUUAAGACUAAACCAGGUUUGAGUGCAUACGCUGAGAAUCCACAAGAAGCCGCAGAUUCUCUAACUCCCCUUUUAGAGGAAGCAGAAAGUGUUGUUCCUGAAGAGUUGCAUCCCAGGACACCCGUUAAACUUGGAGCAACAGCAGGUUUGAGGACAUUGAAAGGGGAUGCUGCUGACAGGAUCUUGGAGGCGGUUAGGAAUAUGUUCAAGAACAGAAGCACACUGAAUGUUGAAUCAAAUGCAGUUUCGGUGUUGAGUGGAACCCAAGAAGGAGCAUAUAUGUGGGUGACUAUUAACUAUCUAUUGGGAAACUUGGGAAAGCAUUAUUCAAAUACUUCAGCAAUACUUGAUCUUGGAGGUGGGUCUGUUCAAAUGGCUUAUGCAGUCUCAGAGAAAGAUGCUGCAAAGGCUCCAAAAGUGCCUGAGGGAACGGAUCCAUACAUAACGGAGUUGUUCCUCAAGGGAAAGAAAUAUUAUCUCUAUGUUCACAGUUACUUGCGCUUUGGAUUACUAGCAGCUCGUGCAGAGAUUUUAAAGGUUACAGAUGGUUCUGAAAACCCUUGUAUUUUAGAGGGCUUUGAUGGGUAUUACAAAUAUGGAGGAGUGGAGUAUAAGGCCUCAGCUCCCCAUUCUGGCUCAAGCUUCAGCAAAUGCAAACAAGUAGUUCUUGAGGCUCUCAAUGUUAAUGGGACAUGUUCAUAUAAAAAAUGCACUUUCGGUGGGAUAUGGAAUGGUGGAGGGGGAAAUGGAGAAAACAACUUUUUUGUUGCAUCGUUUUUCUUUGAACUAGCUGAUGAGGCUGGUUUUGUUGAUCCAAACGCACCCAAUGCCAUAGUUCGUCCUGUGGAUUUUGAGAAUGCAGCAAAGCUAGCUUGCGAGACAGAACUAAAAGAUGCCAAAUCCACUUUUCCUCGUCUUAAGGAUGGAGACACUCCCUAUAUAUGCAUGGAUCUUGUAUACCAAUAUACAUUACUCGUUGAUGCAUUUGGCAUUGAUCCCUGGCAGGAGAUUACGUUGGUGAGACAAAUUCAGUAUCAGGAUUCUCUUGUGGAAGCAGCAUGGCCCCUAGGUAGUGCCAUUGAAGCCGUAUCAUCAUUACCUAAAUUUGAGAAAUUAAUGUACUUCAUUUAA